UAGGUUUGAAGUUAAUGAAUGUUGAACAAGCUUUGGCUGAGAAGCAUUAUGCUGAUCUAUCAUCUAAACCGUUCUUCAAUGGAUUGCUUGAGUAUAUUACUUCUGGUGCUGUUGUUGCUAUGGUUUGGGAAGGUAAGAAUGUUGUUAAUGCUGGAAGGAAGAUUAAUGGUGCAACUAAUCCAGCAGAUUCUGCUCCUGGAACUAUCCGUGGAGAUUUCGCUAUUGAUAUUGGAAGGUAAAU